AUGAGGCUUUUCAGAUUGAGCGACGGUGUGAUUGAAAUGCCCGAGAAGGAUAGUGCGACGCGUAUCAUCAGAUCUACAGAUGCCAAAAUGGCCAAGACUGCCAUUCUCCACCUUGCACCUAACCCAGCAAACGAAUCGAUGCGCUUCUAUUCUCAUAAGAAUGCCUAUGCUGCUUUUGUAGUUUGGGCUGGAUGUUUCCUGUUCUUUGAUGGUGACAAAACAGAACAAUUACGUCGUGGCGACUUCAUUUUCAUACCACCAGGAACAGUCUACGGUUACCAAUCAUUGAUCUCCGAAUCAGAAUUGUUGGUUGUUACUACUCAACAAGAUCCAGCUACCCUGCUGGAAUCAAUAGACAAGGAUCAAGACGCCUUAUCUCGACGCUCAACUGAUGUUGAAAUUCCUGACCCCAAAGACAUUGACAUUGUCGAUGGCUAUCGUCCUUUUGAUCCAAUGAAGCCCAUCGACCAGGACGCGUCUCUGUCAACAUUCCUUCGCCCAUAUUCACUAAAUCCGUUCACAUGUCCACGAUGGAUAUUCGGCGGAGCAAUAACAUGGCCAUUUGUGAGACAGAACCAGUGCGAAGGCAAGUUCUCCAUUUCAGUCAUGGAGUCUUCCCAAAUACACAAAGUCAGGCCGUUCCUUAAUCGGUGGCUAAGCUUCACAAGUGUUGAUCAUUGCUUUUGCAUCAUCGAGGGAACAUUCUUACUCAAAUUGAAAGACCAGACCGAGUGGACAGAGCUCCGAGAAGGUCAAGCUAUCCAAAUUUCGGCCAGGCAAGCUUUCACUGCUGAUCUUGGGAGUGAGUUUCUUAGAGUGCUUGUUAUUACGAAUGGCAUUGGCAUUGAUGAAAUGAUCCGCAGGGCUGGACGUGAAUAUGAGUCUACAACACUCCCAGAAACGGUCAACAGGUGGGAUACUUGGGAUGAGAUUCGUUUCAGAUCAGCGUGCUCUGAAGUUGGCGCUCUCCUUGACUGCUAA